AUGGAGCGUGAUAUAUUUCUCAAGGCUCUCGCCGAUGAAUAUUCGGUGCCCGAAUCCGAUGUGCCUUCGAUGAUCCAGAGUCUAAAAAAGGUUCUUGGCGAGAAAAAGUUGGAACUGCAGAAACUGCUGAAAGACAAAUUACAGCUAUCCUCUAAUGGUGGGCACGACAAGAAAGGCAAAAGCAGCAAGCCUAGUGCAGAGGUUAAACGGUUAAAUGCACAGAUACUUGACAUAACUGAAGUUAUCGGUGAAAUAGAAACGAAUCUCCUAAUUUUGCGGCACAGGUUUCCUGAAGAACUCCUUAGUUCACAGAAAUCUCCUUCUGAGUUGAAUAAGGAGGCAAUACAAUCUAUCCAAAACGCCCUGGAUAUAGAAAUCAAGUUACGCAAUGGGGCUGAAAAACUUCGCACUACUUAUAAAGAUGGUCCUCGCAUCUACAUGGAAUCAGCUCAAAAACAGGUUGAGGUGGCUGAGGCAAAAAUUGGCUUUCUACGUAAUCAGCUUGCCCGGCUAAAGCACAUAAACGAGUCUCCCGACCAGGUCCUCUCCCCGCUUCCUCAUGGAUACGAUGGACUGUCACCUACCCCAUUCUCCUCGGGAACGUUGUCACCAACUUUCACGGAACCCAGACAGGAUGCGACCACAUGGCAACAAGAAGUGGCCGAGCUUAAGUAUCGACUAGGCAUAGAACGAGCGGUAUAUGAAGGUGCAGGCAAAGUGGUGAACGCAUUCAAGGGUCCCCAAAAGGCAACAGAAAAAAUAUCAAGACACAAGUUAUACAGCAGUUUUCGUGAGCUGAAACCCGGUUCUGAAAAGAAAAAGAAGGCUUCGGAUCGUGUCCGUGAGUACUUCCAGGAGUUGUAUCUCCUUCAACUCUCCCUGAAGUCAACCCUGGACUCCGUACCUCACAUGAAAGAUGCGGACGAAGGUCUAGGUUUUGCACUGGCCGAUGUUAUCAACGACCCGAAAAUAGACUUUCUCCUUGAUCAUCCUGACAAUCCUAGCACACCCACCCGCGAAAAUGCGCGUCAGGAGUCUAUUUCUGCCAUCGCUUCUCCUGUGGCCACAGCAACCUGUCCUGACCAUUUGGGCACCAACAGCUGCAUAGAUGUCUUUCGGGGUAGCAUCGCCAAAACUGAUCAUCACCUCUCCAGUUGCCUCUACUAUGAAGGCACGUUAGUCGUCCUAUUUGCCCUGGUUGUGAACGUUCCGUUCACGUACAGUACCAAAUCCAAGUUCGAGGUGCGGUGUCACCUGAAGGUGGACAAUAAUCUCAUCUGGCAGUCAAGCUGGCGACCGCCCUCCCCCAACUGUUGGGACAGCGCCACCUCCUUCGAGGUUUCCCAGGCUCGAGAACUCUGGAUUCAGGUCUACUGGAAGCGGGUGUACCCCAUUUCAAACACCUCCACCCUCGGAAGCAAUGCUUCUCGAGCAGAAAUCUCCAAGGCCGCAGAUGAGAGCCUCCAGGCCGCGGACUGGGUCCUGGCCGCCGUUCAGUAA